UUAAAAGAACGCCUUCGAUACGCCCAUUUUAACAUACUUUCCAAGCUUUUCCUAGUUCUUUCGCAUUAAAUAUCAUGGAUUCAAAGCCGAAGGAGAGUCGGAUUAUUACCUUUCUGUUGAAGAAUGUUAAUAAAAUAUGUGUUGCCAGCUACAUCAUCGGGAUUCUUGCAUUUCUGGCAUUACCAUACAGAGACCUCAGUGAAUACCAUUAUCAUUCCGAAAAUGCUUUGUUGACUGGAUUACAGGAAUCACAUUUCGGAGCUGGAGAAACCAGGGAUGCACUGAAGUAUAAUAAGAUUAUAUCGGCACUUGUAAAGAAUGGAGAUAGCAGUGUUCUUCAUGAUAAAUUGAUUGAGAUAAUGCAACAAUUUGGCAUCAACUCAUAUAAACAAAAGUUUUCUAUCAAAUCUCCAUUGCCUCAAACAGUUAAUGGGGAACUUGUGCAACAGAUUCGAAAUGGAACAAAUGUUUAUGGAUUCAUUCGUGCUGGGAGAGCAUCAAGUACUGAAUCUAUUGUGUUGAAUAUUCCCAUUUCUAAAGGGAAAUAUAAUCAUGCAAUUGGAUUUGCGCUUUCGUUUGGAAGUAAUAUAAGAAGUCAACCAUAUUGGGCAAAAGACAUCGUACUUUUAUUCACUGAGACUGGAUACUUAGGAGCACAGGCAUGGUUGCAAACAUAUUAUGACACAAAGAAUUCUGAUUUCAUCAAUUCUGAACCAUUAGAAGAAAGAGCAGGAUCUAUUCUCGCUGCAUUGGUCCUUGAUUUACCGGAAUCAACAAGCUACAUAAAUGCUGAAGUAGUUGGAAAUAAUGGUCAACUUCCCAAUCUUGAUCUUUUCAACGUUUUAACUAAACUAAGCAACAAACACAGAGUUCCUGUUUCUGUUGGAGGAGUUUUAACGACCAAUCGAUAUCAUCCACUUUCAAUGAAAGGAUAUUUGCAAUCACUGAAAACUACAGUCAAAAUGAUGUCAAAGCAGGCAAAAGGGUUCUCAAGUAUAAAUCAUGCCAUGUUUCUGCAACACAACAUACAAUCUUUAUCAGUUCAAGGUGUUUACUCAUCAAGAUAUGGAGAUAUUGACUUGGGCUCUAUUGGAAGAGUGACAGAAGGAAUAUUCAGAAGUCUGAACAACUUACUUGAAAAGCUUCAUCAUUCUUACUUUUUCUAUCUAAUAUCGGCAACAGAUAGAUUUAUCAGUAUUGUGUUGUACAUGCCUCCAUUCGGACUUAUACUACUUGCACCCACUUUAAAAGCCCUUUGCCUAUGGCUGGAAAUGAGGAAGCAGGACGAAAAAGAGGAAGAAGAGAAAGGGGUUAAAGACAAUGAUGAUGAACAAAUUGAGUCUAUCGAAGAAAUAAUAAAAUCGAGAAAAUUGCCUGCUACUGUUGACAUUGACAAUAAGGAUUCAGACUGGAUGGAAUUGUUCUAUAUAUUAGCAGUUUGUCAUUUAGUUGGAGUCGUUUUGUACUUCAGUCCUAAAUUUUCAUCGGCUUGGUCCGAAAUGUUUCACAUACCUGUUGAUGAAAGUCUUGUUCUAAUAUUCCUAUCUACAUUUCUGGCAUCAUUGGCUUUACCAUUCACAUCGAUAUUCAGGUUUUCACCAGACUCUAAAGCCCUACAUCUUUUGCGAGUUGUAGCAUUAGUUUUAUAUGCAGUUACUCUUGGUUGUGUUGCAGUUAUGAACUUUUCCUUGGCAAUGGUAACAGCUGUUAUCUCUGUCCCAUUUGUGACUUCAAUCAGUCCUAAUUCAAGAAGAUUGAAACCGCUCUAUGCUGCUAUGGCAAUACUUGCGUCACCUGUGGUGGUUGCUCUUACUUCGGCUGCAUUAAACCAAUAUUUCUUCAACAUUAAGAUAGACUUUUGGGCAUCUGCGAGUUACAUCUUAAAAGGCCCAUACGAACAAUAUUUGCUUGGCAAUAGCUGGAAUUAUCAGUUUGCUUGUUUACUUUUGUAUCCGAACUGGAUGUUGUUCUGGUUUUUAUCACUUUCUAUAACCAGAGAAUCUUGAUUGAUUUUGAAUUGUUUUUCAAAGGUUGACUUUUUUCGUACCAAUUCUAGGUUUCUUCAUAACAGCAAAGACAAUUUUGAAACACCAGUGCCCUUCGCCUGUUUCGAGAUUAUUUGUGCCCCCGAAGUAUGUGUACCAAGAUGCCGCACAAUUUAAACAUAGUAUGUGUUCCAGGUUAGGGUUCAGGUUGUGCGUCAUCUUGGUACACAUACUUCCAGAGCACCGCCUCCCCUUAAUAUGCAUGGAAACUCUGUUACUGUUUAUUCAAUAUUUAAUGGAUAAUUAGAUAUAAGUUGUGUAGUGCACAACCUGCACCCUAUUCUUCGCACAAUUGGAUUAGUUUAUGUGUACAUUAAGAAGUGAUAAAAUAGUUUUGAAUGUCCGUACUCGGUGCUUCUGAAGUAUGCGCAUUAAGAUGUCGCAUAACCUGAAUUCUAACCUGUUACACAGCCUGAGUUCAGGUUGUGCGCCACCUUGGUGCGCAUACUUCAGCAGGUCCCCGCACUCACUUCCACCCCUAAUUACAAAGUAAAAUUUUAUUUCCCAAAAUGCCUACUCAUUAAGAUACCCUGCAUUAAGGCUAUCAGCGGUGAAUAAUGCAGCAAUUUCACCUUAACCCAGCUAUUUGACAACCAUGCUACAUUCAACGCAAAAACAGAAUGAUAAGAUGAAGAUCUUGAUUUUUUUUAUUCUGUACUGUAGAAUUUAAACGGAUGCUGCAUGAAAUAUUUGAAUAUGCACAAAUGAUGAAAUUACUUGCACAGAUUAUUUUUCAAAUUUAUCAGAUAUGACUUGACAGAUAUGAACCUAGCACAACUUAACCGUAAAUGUUCUGAAUGUGUUCAAACUACUUGGUAAUUGUCGAGUCAUAAUCAAAUGAGUCGUGAAAUUUGUUCCUAUCCAGCGGUUUAUAAGUUGUCCAAUCGAAUCCUACUCUUGCA